UGAAAGUUCCAUCAGUCGGCUGUUUUCUUGACAACUACGCCACUGUUUUCCGUCUGACAAUUGAAUUUUCCACGAUAUUUUUGCCUCAUCACUUUUCUGACGAAAUUCUUGCAUUUCCUGGAAAUAAAUCCCAUUUUCUGUGAAUUACUGUGAAAUCCUAUUUAACAAUGAACUGGUUCCAAGGAAACAUAGCCGAGGCAGUUGCUCUCUCAAAGAGAAAAAAUGCUGUUUUUGUGGUGUUCGUUGCAGGAACUGAUGAUUUGUCGGUGAAAUUGGGCAGCCUUGUUGACAGUGAUCUCAUCCGGAAGCAUCUGGAGAGUGAGAAUUUCGUGGCCAUCCGGAUUGACAGUGGCUCUGAGGCGUACAUGCAGUUCGCACAGAUCUAUCAACUUGUGCCUCUUCCUUCGAUAUUCUUCAUUGGUCAGAACGGGGUUCCUAUUGAUGUUGUCACUAGUUUUACGAGAACAGAAGGAGAGUUGGAACAGACAAUUCUUGGUGUGAUGAACAGUGUUUCAGGUGCUGAACAGAAAACACAAGUUCCGGAAGCAAAAGUCAGUUCUGGGGGUUCUGCGGGAAGUUCAGAAGGCGAAAAAGUCCUUAAAACCGAGCCGAGCGGAGAGCAAAGUGCUGAAGCGUCGAAUAUUGAAUGCGAGGGAGGAGUUUGUCGACGAGUGGAGACUCCUAGUCCUUCGGAAGCUGAACAGAAAGCCGCUGAAGAGAAGCUGGCCAGAGCCAAGGAGUUGAUUGAGAAGAAGCGCAAAGAGAGAGAAGCUGAAGAGGCUCGGGCGGAGAGAGAGAAGGAACUUCAGAGGAGACGCCAAGGGCAAGAUGUGGCAUCGCUGAAGAGGUGGCAGAAGGAGCAGGAACUGAAGCAGCUCAAGGAGGACCGUGAGAAGGAGAAGAAGGAAGCUGAUGAGGCCAAAAGGAAGAUUCUGCAGCAAAUUGAACAGGAUAAACUCGAGAGGGCUCAGAGAUUUGCACCAGCACCAUCCAGGAGUCCUCCGCCGGCGCCCAUGGAGGAGCACAAUUAUGCCUCAGCUGACAACAGCGACACCUCCCGGAUUCAAUUCAAGACUCCCUCUGGCGGAACUGAGAUACACGUCUUCGCCAGCUCCGAUCAAUUUUCAACCGUGCGGACCUACGUCCAGAAUGAAAUCCUUUCCGGAUCGGGCAUUUCGGACUUUGCUCUGGCCACGACAUUCCCACGGAGGGAGUUCAGUGCUGAGCACAAUGCACAGACUCUCUCUGAACUCCAUCUGACACCAAAUGCUGUCCUCCUGGUGAUUCCCAGAGGCCGUGGCGCCAGCAGUGGCAGCAUCAGGUCAUCCCAGGUUGCCUCCACAGCCACAGGAAGCACCUACAUUCACUUCUUCACCUCGCUCAUCUGGAGCUUUCUGACUCCAGUCAUGUCGGUGCUGUCAUACGUCAAGAACUGGGCUUUUCGUCGACCGGAUCAGGGUCAACAGAAACGAGCUGCCGAGGAGCAAGUCUCCGAUCACGAUGCGGCCAAAAGGAGAAACCUCCAAUUCCCCGGAGAAGCCAAUCGCAAUCAGCAACCGUCCACGUCGAAGGCUGCCGAAGCUGCAUACAGGAGAAUGGGCUCCUCCAACAUUCACAGAUUGCACGACAGAAAGGACUCUGACGAUGAGAAUAAUACAUGGAAUGGAAAUUCGACGCAGCAAAUGUAAGACUUUACCAAUUUUUUUUUCCUUUCUUGAUUAUCUUUCAGUCAAGGACCUUCUCAACGCGGUGAUUUUCUUUGUGAAAUGGGCGGAAUUUUAUUAAAUAUAUUUGUAAUCCCUUGGUAAUUCCCCUAUCGAUAGCAUCUUUUCAUACUUUGUAAAUGUUAAUUAUUCUAUAUACACCAAUUAAAAAUUAUUAAAUGUCCCAA